AAGGGCGGGCGGGCCGCCACUAGUUGAGAGAGUAUCCUUCGUGACGCGUCAACGCAAUGGCAACUUCGCGCCGCAUACUCAGUUUAUGCGUACUUAGUGCGACGGUUGUGGCUGCUAAAAAGGAAAUUACUGAACUAUCUCUGCCUCGGCUGUUUCACCUGGAUGACUAUGAUCGAUGCCUAGCAGCAGGAGGACUCUACUGCACCGGUACCUUUAAAUUGACACAGCGUCAAUCCUCUUCAGCGUAUAAUCAUAUUCAGGAAUAUUCUUCGGACCCUCGCCAUUUCAAUCGGACACUCAUUCACCGCGGUUACUGCAUCUCAGCGCGCUGUCCAUCAUCAGAGCCCAAUACUACGCUACGUUUUGAGCGCUGUGUGGACCAACAUGCUUUGGUACCAGGACUUAAGGCUUCUAUCCUAUCCCAUACUUGCAGUAGUCAGAAGGAGAGUAAAGAUGUGGACACAGCAGAACUAGCAUAUUUGUGCGUGAUUGGAUUGUUGGUCGCGCUGAAUGUUGUCGGUACACUUUACGAUGUCAUAGCAGAUACAAAGAAUCCAUAUAUUCUGGCAUGGUCACUUCGUUGCAACUGGAACCGCUUGACGACCACCUUCGAAGAUGGAGAUUCGCGGCUUACUUCGCUUACUCCCAUACAGGGGCUACGAGUAUUGCUGUUGGUUUUGGUGAUGAUGACGCAUACAUCGGAGAUCCAGCAUAAACUAUACUUAUACAAUCCGACUCGGCUGGAACAACUCCUACAACACCCAGCAGCAAUGCUUAUACGCAACGGAUCUGCUCUAGUAAUGGGUUUCGUCGUUAUCUCGAACUUUCUUUUGGCCUAUAGUCUCCUUCUUAUUUCCAAGACUCGGAAAUUGAGCCUUGCUCAUCUUCCAAUGUGUCUGUUACACAGACUUGUGAGGUUAGCUCCCGUACAUCUCGUGGUAGUGGGUUUCGCUGCAACGUGGUGGCGUCGUGUUGGAGACGGUCCCCAAUGGCAGAGCGUUGUAGCUGCCGAGAGCGAUGUCUGCCGGAGGAAAUUUCUCAGCCACGUUUUCUUUCUCCAAAAUCUAGUUAACCCAGAUGAACAUUGCUUGCUACAGACUUGGUUUUUAGCGGUGGACAUGCAGCUGUACAUUAUGGCUGCGGCACUUACGCUGUGGCUGCAACAAACAGGCAGACGGGCAGUGCCACUGUUGACAGCGCUGUUUUUUGGCUCAUGUCUUCUCAACGUAUUUCUAGCUUAUGUCAACGACUGGAAAUCUCUUCUAUAUAUAAUGCUGCCUGAGAAUGUUCGCAAUACGUUUCGUACGGAGCCAUCUUUUUAUCGUUUCUACGUAGCGCCAUGGGGGAGUCUGCCCGCUUGCUUGCUAGGACUUUGGCUUGCUCACGUGCAUUACAAUAUACAGGAGAGCGGAUACAAAUUUUUCGAUUAUAAGAUAUUACGAUGGACAUUCCACCUCAUCAUUCCGAUCCACGUAGCGUGUAUUAAGUCUGGCAGUUAUAUAGAGGACAGCACGUCUCGUCUCACAACGGCUCUUUAUUUGGGAGUAGAGCGUCCACUCUUUGCGAUCCUAGCGGCAUUCUACGUCUUGGGUUUCGUCAACAAUGUCGACAAUUUCAUUCGUCGCAUCAUGUCAAUACGUUUUCUCCAAGUGGCGGGACGUUUGUCGUUAUCAGCCCUGAUGCUGCACUGGUGCGUCAACCUCAUUCUGGUUGGUUCACGUCGAACUCUAUCCGAAGUCUCCGUGGCCAAUAUUGCGUCUGAUUUAAUAUCGACUAUAUGGUGGACCUAUGUAAUCGCGGUGCCACUCAGUCUCCUCGUAGAAGCCCCAUUCCAGAAGACUUUAAACACUUUUAUAUCGUCCUUACAAGCUUCACAAACACCCACCAUAAGACACCAAAAGCCAUCACCUAAGAACACAAGAAGAAGAAAGUCUUCUUUAAAAAAGAGGAGAUAAUAAUAUUUAGAUUUGUGAUUUUUAAAUCCAUCUUAAUUACUAUUUAAUUUAAAGUUUAAUUAGUAUAUUUGAUUUGCGGUUAGGUAUUUCACCUUAUCGGGUUGUACGUACUUAAUCUAAAAAGGAAAUUGUCACUUGUUUGUCACACAAUUGUCAAUUGUCACUUGUUAAUACCCGACAGUUAGGGACGAGAAUAUACAAUUAAAGAUAACACGAUGGCGCGUUUGUUGCUGAUAGAUUUGAAUUCCAGCUACAUGUGUAUUAAUUAUAUCACUAAAAUAUAAAAAAAUAUCAAUAUCUAGGUUACGGCCGUUUUCUAUUCCUAUCAUAAUCCAUAUUAACGUUCAGUUUCUAUAUUCAACCGACUGUUUGGUAAUUUAUUUUAGUCGUUGCAUUUUCUUUACACAUUAAUUGUUUUUAAAAGUAUUAUCUACAAAUUCAACUUUAAAUACAGAAACUCGCAUCAUUUUUAUAUAAAAUAAUCGGGUUUAUUUAUAUAAGCUACUAAUACGACGGUGUAUUACAGAAAAAUUAAAACUGAAAAUAAGACAACGAUGGGAUUAUUUGUUUUCAAAUUUCAUGACGUCAUCAAUUAAAUGACGUCUAUCCAUUGUUUUUUACAUGAAAAAGGAUGAUUAUAAAUGGAUAAUUGCGUUAAUUAUUUCGCCAAAUAAUUAUGAUUAGUUGUUAACAGUAGCGAUAGAAACACAGCCUAAGAGAUGACAAUUACUUACAUUCAGUCAAACUGAUAGUUUACCAUUGAACAUAAGAAUUCGUAGUAAUAUAAGUAUCAUUAGAGAUAAUCGUUGUCGUCCUAAAUUAAGGACGACUCUGAGUUUGACCGUAUUACUUUUUAAUUUUUUAAGUUAAUGUGACUGAUUUCUCUUUGUUAGAACAAAGAUCAAAUUUAGUGCAAACAAAUUUUUAGGAGAUACUAUAUCAGUUUUGUGUAAAACUUGAAGAUAUUAUGUUUAAAAUUAAAAAUUUCAAAGUUUAGGGUAAUCUUUUCCAUUAAAAUUCACUGUCUUAGACAAAUAAUGCAAUUAAAGCUUUAUACAUAA